CUUCAGCCCUUGUCUCGUCUUUUUAAGUUGAAAUUUUACGAGUAGCUGUAUAUGCAAUAGAGUUCGUUAUAUAUGGAUGAUAUCAUGCAGCUCCUUGGAGAAAAGCAAGGUGCGUGGUACAUAACAGCAGUAAUUUUCUGCUGCAUGCAAGUUUUGCCAUGCCACCUUCUCUACUGCUUGAUGAAUGCGGUAUACAUAAACAAAGGAUAGGACGUUGCUUUCCCAUUCCUGUUUUAUGAAGUUGACAAACCAUUACUCCUGUCUUCAGUUUUAUCUUCUUCCCAUUCAGCAUUAUCAUCUCGAACAUGAUCUGUUGGCAUGGGCUUCACGCCCGCUCGAGGAUUGGAAGACAAUUCAAGGUCCUUGAAUGGACAAGUCCCUGUGACAAAAUCGGUUGUUUGUGGUCAACAUUGAAGUUGUUUUUUCACGAGAAGCAUCCACCGUUGGCACUUGGCAGUGCGCUGAUAGAACUCAAUGUCUUUAUGAGCAUUGAGAUCUCUCGAAUGGUGUUCUGGGGUAUGAAAGUGGUGAACUGGUGAUGAGAUGGCAUUUUUGCUCCUAUGCUUUACAUUUCCCUAGUUUGGUUGUGGAUAAAACUGAAGAAAAAAGGUUCUUGGUAACAAGAUGAUCAAAAUGGGUGGGUCCCCCCAAUUAGCUAUGCUAGAUUUUUCAAUAUGUUUACCGUCACAUUAACAGCAUAUGUUCAAGGUAGAAUUGAUAAAAAUAAAAGUUUGGGACUCGAUUGUUACUGAUACAAUACUUAGGGGCUAAAUUGAGAUUUCCCGUGUGAAUAAUGUCGAAUCACAACUCGAAGUUUCAGCACCGUCGAUUCCCGGGACCCACAAUCGAACGGUUCCCUUCCAUUAAGCGCCUGGCUAGUAGACUAGAGUUCAUUUAUUUAUUACUAUAUAUCCUCUAACGGUCACCAGCAAAAAACAAAUAGCUCCGCCAACGUUCACACACACUCUGUCCUCCCUCUCUGGCUCUCUGCAGUAACGGUUACAUUUCUUUCACCCUCUCUCACAUCUGUCUCACAGUUUUCGGGUCUUUAUUUCUCUCUCUACAAACCCUUCUCUCUUCAUCUGAAAUAGUUUUGCUCCAUUUCUGGGUCUUACCUUUUUCUCUGCAAUGGAACCAGCAAAAAUAGAUUGGAAGAGAAUAGACUCUGUCUUUGUAGAAGAUAGAUUGUAUGAGAACUUAAAUGCACCCAAAUGGUUUGAUUUCUUUGCUCCUGAAGACUCCACAGAUGAUGAAGCCUGGUUUUGCAGACCUGAUUGUAACCAUCCAAAGACAGCUGAUGAUUUCUUUAAAACCACACCAACUUCUAAGCUUUCAAGCUCAGGUGAUAAAGCUAGAAGUAGAACCCCUCUCGACGACAAGAAUCUAAGAGAUGCAAAAUUGAAGAGAAGGGGGCAAAGUCAGUCUUCAUUUACAUCAUGUGAUUAUAAAGCCAAAUUCAAUGAAGAUAGCGAAAAUCGGAAUCCAAAUUUAUCAACACCAUCAAAUUACCAGAAGUCUAUGAAACAAAUGAUCAAAUCAAGCAGUGAAAAGAACAGACCUAUUGAUGAUGUCCCACAAACCAGGGAAGAACCAAGGCUAAAAAGCACGUUAUCGGCAAGGAAUUUGUUUGCAGGGAAAGAUAUAUUUGGCCAUAUUACUGAGUUUUGCAAUGAAUUGAAGAAGUUGGCAACGAGAGCGAGGGAAAAAGAGAGUUUAAAUGAGAAGGAGAGUCAAGUGGGGGAGAAAAAAGAUGGGGUAGUUGUGAAUGAGGGUUCUAGAGAGGUUUUGGGAGAGUUGCAUGUGAAGGAGAAAGAGAGAAAACCAUUGCUUAACAAUGAUAGAGAGAAACCCGAAGGAAAUGAAAAGGGAAGUGCCAAGCAAGGCAGGAAGAAAAGAGUUGAUGAUACAGAGAACAUCCCAGUGCCUCUGAAUUUGGCAAAUGUGAAGAACAAAGGAGAGGAGCGCCUGCUGCAAAUUCGGACCAAUCCUCCUUCACCUCAAUGCUUUUCUGCCAACCGUGCACCCGCCAAAACUACCCCUUCGAAGGCUUCCAGGUCCAGGCUUACGGAAAGGGGAAUCCUUAAGGAGCUGAAGAAGGAUAAGGAAACCACCGAGGACAGAAGUCCUUUCAUUUCUGAUGGAAAAGAAUCGAGAGCUUUGGAUGUUUUCUGGUUCCUGAAGCCCUGCACGACGCUCUCCAGCUGAAAUGUGGAAAACCCCCCCUACCCGGACCCCGGUUUUCCAAAAUUCAUUCUUUAAAAGAUUUUUUUAGUCCAGUUGAAACUGGUCAUUGCAUCUUGUUUCUUCUGGUAUUCGUACAUUCACACCUCCCAUUUUUUAAUUAUUGCUCUUUAAUUGAUUACCUGAUUCAUUUGAUGUCAAUAAGAGAAACUGUAAGGAAGCAAAUCCAAACUCAUUAUAGAAAAUAAAAUUUGUAUUUUUGAACUCGAAA